UUCUCUCAUUCCUCUGUCGUGUCUAACGCUCGUCUCCAUCCAUCACCUCGUUCCCUUUUAACCGAGAGCGAUAAAAUCAGGAGGGAGGAGCAGAAGAAACAGAGAGAAAACGAUGGAGGAGUGAAAUGAAAUAGAGAGACAGGUUGAUGUACGGUGAGCUGCGAAAAGCAUCUCGUCUUCAGCGCCGUUUCUGUGUUUCUGUGUUUCUGUCCCUCGUUUCAGCUCCACGUCUCACACAUCUGUGGUGCUGUCGCCAUGGCGCUGGCUUUGUGACUCGUCCAGACGGGGGGGCUGAAAACGGAGGAGAGACGAGAGAGGAGGGGUCACUCUCUCUCUGUCUCUCUCACUCUCUCACUCUCUCUCUCUCUCUCUCGCUCACCCCUCCCUCCUCGGCCACAUUUGACUUGCUAAUUAUUUCAGACGUGAUGGAGAGAGAGAGAGAGAGAGAGGGAUGCAGUGGUAUAACGGUUUCUAGCUUCCAGGACGGAUUCCUCUGUCCUUCCAUCGUUCCUCUUCCCUUUCUGUAUCGCAGGAUGACGACAUUUUAAUCUUACAGACGUUUUUUUUUUUCCUCUGGAACCUUUCAUCCACGUCGUCUCGUCGCCGCUUCCAUCACGUCUGCUCUCAUUGUCCUCUCCUGAGGUUUUUUUUUUUGCGUAUGGAGGACAGAAGAUCGAUCUGAUAAUAUGGAUUACACGACACUCUGACCGGAGAUUGCAAUGCAGUGCAACAAAAUACCAAUCCUGAGGAACUGAGGAACCCACUGGAGAAAUAAACAGCUAGAACCCAGACACAUGGCAAGUACCGUUUUUCUGGCUGGGUGCUGAGGGAUUUUCUCAAUGGAGGAACCGAUCUUGCGUAAUGCUAGAAUGCGAGUCUAGACUGUGCAGGAUGGAGGGAUGGGAUGCAAACCAUCUGUUGCGUGAGAAGGAAAGCAGGGGAAGCAUCUGUGCGUGAACAGACACAGAGAACCGAGACAUCACUGUGCAAUUACAGAACCGUUUUUACUAUUUGGACCAUUGUUCACAGUCGCACCUCAUUUUGAUCUGAACAUCUUCCAGUUAUCUGUGGUUGGUCCUCAUGCGGAGGCAUGCACUGAGCGAGCGAUGCGUGCUGACACCCUGUCUUUACCUUCACCUGUCUAACAGCCUGAGCUCAACCUUCUGAACCUUUCAGGUGUGUUAAUAUUCACUGAUUUUUACUCCACUGUAGCCGUCUCUCCUCUAAAAAGGGCUCCACAUGAGCAACUCAGGGACCCUACAGCGUCGAACCACCUACCUCAUCUCCCUCACUCUGGUCAAGGUCGAGGCCAUAGGGAGCGAUGAAGGGCCCAAUGAAGAGACCAAACCCCAGAGUCCCACCUCGGCCCCAGGGCUCGUUCAGGGCCCUGAAGAUGGAGCAAAAACAAAGGAAGAGGAGAUCAAGCCUCCAGAGGAUGACAAGGAACCGGGACGUUCUGAGAUGAAGGAGCAGAAGGUGGAGAUUAAAAAGCCUAACAGGAGCAACAAUGGAUGUCCAAUUAGGACACUUCCUCCAAAACCCAAGGUUCCGAGUUACCCUCCUGUGGUGAGUCAGUACAAAGCGAGGGAACUUCAGAAAGACACCGGAGUUCCUCUUGAUGGCAAAGAGAAGCGAGAAGAGGAGAUGGCAAAGACGGAUGUCUCUAAAAUGGAUAUUUACAUCCCGUCUUCAGAAAGGACCUCAGAUGAUGUCAUGGCAAACGGAACUUCGGUCCGUCCCAGCGUUCCCAUCCGUCUAAUCCAGCGUCCUGAGACGGCCCUGAGGCCUCACGCUACGGUAACCAUGAAUCGCCGCGAGUUCAAGGAUGCCAGCAAGACCAUUUCCUCCUCGGCCAAGAGCCUGGAUGUCAAAGCUAGAGAACACUCGCCUCCGGUGACCAUCACCAUGACCAUGGGUCCAUAUCGGGCUUCCUGGUCAGAAAGCGAAGGCAGAGGGAUGUACCAGCGUCUGGCCAUGGAACCUUUAAUGGUAGCAGAGGAAGGAAUUCCGACGCGGGAAAGCCCUCGAGUGGAAAAGCUUAAAACCAUCUCCACAUCUCUCCCAGCGUCGGCCUCCACAAGACCUCCUGCAAAACCACAACGCAAGGGGAAGAGCCGCACUCUGGACAACAGUGACCUGAACCUGCUUUCUGAGGACCUGAAGAAGGGAAAGGAGGCCCACAUUGGAGCCGGGCUCCGUUCUUCUACUCACGCUCCAGGCAAAGACAGAAAAAUGCUCAAGUUCAUCAGCGGCAUCUUUACCAAGAGCACCCAGUGUCCUGUAACGGCCCCCGUGGUUCCUGCCACUCCGAUUCCUCUGCACAGCCCCCUGAGGAGACGCUCGAGUGAGGAAGAAGUGAGUCAGGAGUGGAUAUUGAGUCGAGCCCUUCAGGAUCUGCAUCUGGCCGUGUUGGGCAGCCUGCGCAGCGGGAAAUCAGCGCUCGUCCAUCGCUACAUGACCGGCCGCUACCUCGCUCUCGAGACCCCUGAAGUGUGUCGGUUUGAGAAGGAGGUGCUGAUUGAUGGACAGAAUCAUAAUUUACUGAUCAGAGAUGAGCCGGGACUCCCAGACGCACAGUUGUGUAGCUGGCUGGAUGGAGUGAUUCUGGUGUUCAGUUUGGAGAACGAGAGCAGCUUCCUGGAGGUUUAUAACAUUUACAGAGAGCUGUGUGUGAAUCGGAACAUCGCUGAAAUCCCCUUCAUCGUGGUCGGCACUCAGGAUAAGAUAACGAGUGCUAAUCCCCGUGUGAUUGAUGAUGCUCGGGCGAGACAGCUGUGUUCAGACGUCCACCGCUGUGUUUAUUAUGAAACUUGCGCCACCUACGGCCUGAACGUCAACCGCGUCUUUACUGACGCUGCACAGAAGAUUGUUUCGAUGAAGAGACAGCUGGCUCUCUACACGUCCUGUAAGUCUUUACCCACCUCUCCCACUCACUCGGGCGGAUCCACACCACUGUGUGCUGCUUUUACACCACAGGCCAGUAAUGGAGGUCAGAGCAGUGAUUAUUCCUCCUCUCUUCCCUCCACUCCGGUCAUCACUCAUAAACACAUCAGCAUGGCGUCUGGAGGAGAGAAACUCAGCCGAACAUCUCAAUUCACACUACGCAGAGGAAGUGACUCAGACCGGAGGAGUGCAGAUAGUAAAGCAGAUUUUGGAAUCGGUCGCACAAUCCCAAUUAAACAGAGUGUGUUACUGAAGCGCAGUGGAAGUUCUCUUAAACAGGAGUGGAAGAAAAAAUACGUGACGUUAUCCGCCAACGGCACGCUCAGUUACCAUGCCAACGUCAGCGACUACAUGCAGAAUGUUAACGGUAAAGAAAUUGACCUGCUGCGCGUGACGGUUAAAGUUCCAGGGAAACGCCCCCCGCGGGCUGUACCAUCCUCUGCACCCCCGCCGGGGCUGAAUGGAACAUUCCAGGGUGAGCUCACAGCAGACGACACCUGUUCAGCCUCGAUGCUAGCGAGUGCUCAUUUAUCAGCAGAUGAUGGAGCAGGUGUGUACGGACAGAGAACUCCGUUUACUCUCUCCUCCGUGCACAACAUCGAUAUCGAGGGUGUGUUGAGCCCGACGUUAAUGAAAGACCCGAGCACGUCUCCUACAGCGGACAGGAAGAAGCAGCGGAGGAAGAAGAACGUGACUCAGAGAUCAGAGAGCACGCUGGGACACGCCGAAGCCAAACGCAAAAUGUGGAAAUUAAAAAGCUUUGGCAGCCUGAAGAACAUAAACAGGACAGAUGAUGAGAACUGUGAGUUCCUGAUCGUGUCCAGCUCGGGGCAGACGUGGCACUUCGAGGCUCAGAGUGCAGAGGAAAGAGACUCGUGGGUUCAGAACAUCGAGAGUCAGAUCCUCGCCAGUUUACAGAGCUGUGAGAGCAGCAGGCACAAGGCGAGGAGGAACAGUCUGAGUGAAGCCGUGGCGAUUCAGGCCGUACGGAACGCUAAAGGAAACGCGUUCUGUGUGGAUUGUGACGCGCCCAAUCCCACCUGGGCCAGUCUGAACCUCGGGGCUCUGAUCUGUAUCGAGUGUUCGGGGAUCCACAGGAACCUGGGCACUCACCUGUCCCGCGUCCGCUCUCUGGACCUGGACGACUGGCCGUACGAGCUCACGCUGGUCCUCAUCGCCAUCGGAAACCACAUGACCAACAGCAUCUGGGAGAAGCGCACGAGAGGACGGCAGAAACCGCGACCCGACGCCACGCGGGAGGAGCGUGAGGCGUGGAUUCGGGGGAAAUAUGAGCAGAAGUUGUUUUUAGCUCCUCUCUCCUCUCUGACUGACGGAUCGGACGCUCCUCUCUCGGCCCGCCUCCACGCCGCUGUGAUUGACAGGGACCUUCCCAGGCUCCUCCUCCUGUUAGCUCACAGCACGAAGGAGGAGAUCAAUGCUCCGCCCCCCUACAUGAUUCGCUACGGUAACGGAGGAGUGCACCAGUCCCAGUCGGCCCUGCACGCGGCGUGUCAGCUGGGCGACGUGGUCAUGACGCAGCUGCUGAUCUGGUAUGGCAGUGAUGUGAGGAGUGUGGACUCUGUGGGACAGACGGCUCUGUCUCUGGCUCGGCGAGCGUGUAGUCAGGUGUGUGUGGAGAUCCUGCUUCAGUACGGGUGUCCCAGUGAGAUCAGUCCCACCAUGUCCUCCGCCUCCAUCACGUCUCCGUCAGGAGCAGCCAGUCCCAGCCUCUCACGCAACAGCAGCUCCACCAGCCUGAGCCGCGGCAGCAACAAGAGACACCUGUCCUGAAGGACCAACAUGUUGAGAUAAUCCUUAACAGAAAUGAUUUUCCUGUGAAAUAAACCGAGGCUUCAGAUUUAAUCGUGAAUCCAGUGUGAACUCCUGACGUGCUGAAGAGGAUUACGAAUCAUCUGCGAGAAUAAAAUUGGGAUUAAUUACUGCUUAAAUACUGUGAUAUGAACAUUCACUCUGCUGAGACGUGCUGAGAUCCUGAACCGCUUUAGAGGAAAAUGAUUUGAACAAAAAUAAAUAAGUAAAUAAAACACAUGUACAUAUAGAGUAAGAGUCGAGAAUAUUUGUACUUAAGAGAGAGAGAGAGAGAGAGAGAGAGAGAGAGAGACUACAUGAUGAAAUGUAUAGGAAAUAAAAAAACUAGAAUAAAAUGAUUAUCACUAUUAGUUGAUUAUUAUUGUAUGGAAUAAAGGAGUUUGUUUCCUCCUGCAGUAGACGUGAGGAGAGCGAGUCAGAUCCCCCGACCUCAUACACACUGAUUAGCCUGCGUUAGCAUGCUGUGAAAUAAGCUAGUGUGUUAGCUAAACAUAAAUAAUGAGCUAAUAGUGCUAGAGAAUAAAAGAGUAUUAAAUAUAUUAAGCUGGCAUUAGCUAAACAUCAACAGCUAAAUAUCUUCAAAUGUAUUAAAUAAAAGAAAUAAGUUCUAAAAUAAGAGUUCCACGGAGUCGGGGGAACGGCUCGUCCAUCACAGGCACUUUAGGGAAAAAAAAGAAUAUUAAAAAUAAUUUGAACCGAGUACAUUUCUAGUAUUUUCACGCAAUUCAUCCUCUUCCUCUACCUUCACUCCAGACGAGGAAUUUAACAAGUCGACCGAGAGGAAGUGGACGAGGGGAAGUCAUAAACAGGAUUGGAACACAGCCCUGAGAUAUGCUUUACUUACAUUUUUAAUGAAUUAUCUGACUUUCCAUUUUUUAAUCAAAUCUGUAGUCAAAUAUGAAAACAUUGAGUAGUAAAGGUUAAGAAUAAGCGCUUUGGACCUGAACUUACUGUCAUCAGCGGUUUUUACGGCCCGUCAGACUGAUUUAAUGCCUUGCGUUUCAUUCGAAUGUAUUUCAGAUUCUCAUGUUCUCGAUGCAGUGUUUCUAACUGAGCUGGUGUCGUGUGUGCGAGUGUGUGUGUGUGUGUGUGUGUGUGUGCUGCUGUUGCCGAUUGUGCCAUUAAAAUCAUAAAAUAGCACAUUCCUCCCAUCUCAUCAAGCUGAAUGCGUUGUAGUGCCGUGUAGUUAGAGAACAGAGAACGCGCCGUGAUGACGGACGAGUGCGAGCGUCGUGCUGAAUCUGCCAGCUCGUGAUGUAGUGUUAAACGUUUACACUUAGUAUUCUGCAGGUUUUUCUUUUUUCUAGUAAAUCAGAUGUACUCUAGGAAAACUACAGAUAAGUAAACAUGCGAUGUGUUUCAGUAACUUCAUCUCUCCACUUUAGUGCUUCUGCUCUUCUCUGUGACUUUCUUAUUUUUUGCAGUUUUGAUUGAAUGCAUUUAUUCAUGUGCAAUGUUAAAGCUGUUUUUUCUACUUUUAACUGCACUCAAAAAUACAUAAGACACCAAAAUAAUAAAUGUUUUAUACAGAGACGGGUUUCAGUGUGUUUACUGCUCGUCUCGGACAGCGACGCAGAGCCUCAGCAUGUUUAUAUCAGCUAUUAAUUAAUGUUAAUCUUUAAAAAGUCCUCAUUCACAACUCCAUACUAAAUUCUGUUAAAAUACUAAUAAGCUCCUGUAAGUGUCCAAAGGUUUAAAGGAAUUUGACAGAUAUAAGUUCUGCUGAGUUGCUCAGCUUUCUAGAUGUUGUGUAAUCGUAGUGCAGCGAGCUCACUGCCUCGUUUAGCUCCAGAGAGUUAUUAUUAUAUAAAAUAGGAACUGCAACAAGCGCUAAUAGAGGCCCAUUGGGGCAGGAAUCACGCUGCCCCGUGCUCGGGGGAGGAGCAGCGGACAGGACAGUUAAUCACCAGGUUUCCAGACUUUAAAAUACUCUGAAUUAAUUGUAAUACAUUUCCACAAACAAAGGCAAAGUGUAAGUGCAGACAGUGUGUGUAUGAUGUACAGAACCAUCUCUUCUGUAAGAUAUGCUGGUGUUAAUGUCGUCCUUUCACACCAAAAUUAUUGGUCACAUGCUGCUUUCAUUAAAAACUUUUUUAUUCUCAAAAACAAAACUCCGUUUCUGUUACAUAAACAUGAACACCAGUUCCCAGAAUCCUCUGCUACAAGGCUCAUCACCUGAUCUGUCAC